AUUUCUCUCCCCUUUCUUUACGCAACGUUCUCUCCUUGCUUUUCCCUUGUCUUCCACAAUGGCAUGCUCAUUAACCUUCCCCUUUCUCAGUAUACAACAUCUGUUCCCCAUCGACUAAGCCUUAUUGUUCUCCCGUGUGUCAAAUUGCAACAGGAGUUCGGGAUCGCUAAGGUCUGGAUCCACGAGCAGUACGAAGACACACACUUCCAGGACAACGACAUCGCCCUCGUCAGAAUCGAACGCAAAUGGGGGCGUGGCUUCAGGUUCAACAAGCGCGUGCGUCCCGUGUGCUUGCCGAGUGCUGACGCUUCCUAUGAGGAGCUUGGCGACUGCUCGGUUUCUGGCUGGGGAAGGACCAUUCACAAUUAUAUCUUAGCAGGGAAAUCCAAGACCUUUAUCUUUUAUAAAGCUGACCCUGGAUUAAAUGAAAUAAUCCGGUCUUCGGCUUCAUUCUGCGUGUUAGAAUCACAGCUGCGAAAGAGUAAAGAUAUCAUUCCUUGA